CCAUGAAUUGGCUUAGGGUUUGAGAUGGGUUUUGAGAGAUUGUGCCAAAUCAUGGCUUAGGGUAGGUGAUGAUGUAAGCAUGAUCACGUGAAUCUCUUGAGUUCUUUUCUUCUUCUAUAUUGUCACAAGUCAACUCAUUGGACAACUUAUUUGUGAGGAAAACCGUGUUUAUGGUACGAAUGAGGUUAAUUCGAUCACAAAUUUGGCGAGAAUUGCUGCAUAUAUGAGACACAUGCCAAAUUUGUGAUGUUUUAGGUUGGGAAUGGAUUGGAGUUGGCUUGUACAAAUAUUUUGGCUUAAUGCUCUCUCUGAAUUAUACCUCUAAACUUUUAGUACUCAAACCCUGUUAUGUUAUUUAAUUUUUGAGCUUAGUUCUCUAAAUGUUUUGGUAUACUUCUGAUAUUUUCUUGUUGAAUCAGGUUUGGAAGUUUGAACAGCUCUUUGAGUUGGAAGUCUUUCGGUCAUAUGGAUCAUUGUGGAGCUUGUUUCAUGGAUAAAUAAUAUGCAUCCUCCCUAUUAUGACAUUAACUGUAGGAAGGAAUUUUUCCCUUUGUCCAGGACAUUGGUGAAAAAAUCAAUAGUUUAUCAGAUUAUCAGCAUUGGCAUGAACUGGUUUGAUUUUGAACAGAACUAGCUAAAGUUUUUCCUUAUCUGAUGCAUUCUUCGAAGAUGAGUGAUGGGGUUAUGGUUGCCAGUGUCCUUGUCAUGCCAGAUGAACGAUGAAGAUCGACAGUUUUGGUUCAAAAGCAAAUUUCUAAUUUGAAGUGACAUGCCUGUAUUGUUUUUGGGAGGUUCUUCUUCUACUUAGAAGAAAUAGUUAACCAUCAGUCUGCUGAAUUCCUAUAAAUUUAAGAGACAGAGCAAGAUGGACGCUGAAAAUUUGAAGACUAGCCAUCUGCUAAACAUUGGCGAGAGGAUAUCUCCUGCUGUCGUACCUGUGCUUUUGAUUGCAAUUGGAUAUGUUGACCCUGGAAAGUGGGCUGCAACUGUUGAGGCAGGGGCCCGUUUUGGUUCUGAUUUGGUUCUGCUAAUGCUUGUUUUCAAUUUCGCUGCUAUUCUAUGUCAGUACCUUUCAGCUCGUAUUGCUGUUGUCACUGGAAGAGAUCUUUCCCAGAUUUGCAGCGGAGAAUAUGACAAGGUCACGUGCAUAUUUUUAGGAGUUGUAACAGAACUUUCCAUGAUUGCUUUGGACCUUACUAUGAUUCUGGGCACUGCACAAGGGCUCAAUUUAUUUUUUGGUGUGAACUUAUGCACUUGUGUCCUUGUGACUGCUUUUGAUGCUGUUCUGUUUCCAGUUUUUGCCAACCACCUGGAUAGUGGGAAGGUGAAGUUCCUUUGCAUAUCAAUGGCUAGCUUUAUACUGCUUUUUUACGCUAUAGGGGUGCUCUUUAGCCAACCUGAAAUUUCAAUGUCCACGACUGGGAUGCUAACAAAGCUAAAUGGAGAGAGUGCAUUUGUGUUGAUGGGUCUUCUUGGAGCAAAUAUCAUGCCUCACAAUUUUUAUCUCCAUUCCUCUAUUGUACAGCAAGAACUAGGAGCACUGAAUGCAUCCAAGGGACUCAUGUCUCAUGACCACUUAUUUGCCAUCCUUGGCGUGUUCAGUGGCAUUUUCCUGGUGAAUUAUGUGCUGAUGAAUGCAGCGGCGAACGAGUUCUACAGUUCAGGCCUUGUUUUGCUCACUUUUCAGGAUGCAUUGCAGCUAAUGGACCAGGUUUUCAGGAGUUCAACAAUAACCUUUUUGGUGCUACUGGUUCUGUUUGUUUCCAGUCAAAUCACUGCAUUAACUAGGAAUCAUGGUAGACAAGCAGUCUUGCAUGAUUUCUUCAGAAUGGACAUUCCUGGUUGGCUUAAUCAUGCGAUAAUAAGAAUUGUGGCCAUUCUUAUAGCUCUCUGUUCAGCGUGGAAUUCAGGUGCUGAAGGUAUCUAUCAACUGCUAAUAGUUACACAGGUAGCGGUUGCCCUUGUCGUGCCGUCUUCUGUAAUCCCCCUUUUCCGGGUUGCCUCUUCAAGAUCAGUAAUGGGUGUCCACAAGAUCUCUCAGUUUGUGGAGUUCAUAGCCCUAUCCUUGUUUUUUGGAAUGCUAUGUUUGAAGAUUAUAUUUCUGGUAGAGAUGAUAUUUGGGAACAGUGAUUGGGUCAGUAAUUUGAGGUUGAAUGUAGGGAGUAGCAUGUCAUUGUCUUAUAUUGUUCUUCUCAUCACUGCUUCUACUUCACUUUGUUUGAUGCUUUGGCUCGCAGCCAAACCAUUGAAAUCAGCUAGUUCCAGAUUAGAUGCUCAGCUACUGAACUGGGAUAUAAAAGACGGGGUACCUGAGUUGUUUCCAUAUAGAGGUAAAACUGAUUUCAAUGAAACUAGGAAUCAAUCCAUGGUAUCCAUGAAGAAGCAAGAAACUGAAAUAACACCAGAAAACUUCUUGGAGAAUUAUUCGGAUAUGUCAGGUAGAAGUACCUCAAAUAAGUCGGUUAGAAGUACCAAGGUGGAUGUUCCAGGAACACUCCUGGUUUCUGAUAACAUCCCUCAUAUGCCUACUAUCGAGGAAAAUGGUCCUAGUAAGAACUGUCCUAGUCCUGUGUUCCAUGCAGAGGAAUCACGUAGAACAAUGCAAAGCAUUUUUGUUUCAACUGUUUGUGGUGAAGGUUCUGCUGGUUUCAAGACAGAGUCAACAGGCUUAGUAGAUAUGACUGUCAAAGUAGAGGGACAUUCGCGGACUUGUAAUGAUGCGGAGGGAGAAAAUCGGGAGACUGAAGAAUCUUCUAAAGGGGUGACUGAGACUAUACCCUCUUUAACUUCUGAGGGUCCAGGGUCAUAUAGGAGUAUAAGUGGGAAAACCGAUGAUUGUGGUAGUGGUGCUGGAAGCCUUCCAAGAUUAGCGGGAUUGGGCCGGGCUGCAAGACGUCAGUUGGCUGCAGUUCUUGAUGAGUUUUGGGGACAGCUGUUCGAUUUCCAUGGGCAAGCAACAAAGGAAGCAAAGGCUAUGAAACUGGAUCUGCUACUGGGGCUACAUUCAAAAGAUGAUGAUCCAAAGCCUGCUACUCCGGUGAAAGUGGACACCAGGGUGAAUGAGUUUACUGGAUUCUCUUCAUCUCCAAUGAGUUCAAGUUUAUUUGAUUCCCCCAACGUCCUUGGGGUACAUGCUAGUAUGGAAACAUCGUAUGCGGUUCGAUCAGGGUCUUCUUCUUCGUUGUCCCACCGCAUGCAGUUGUUGGAUGCCUAUGCGCAAAACACUGGCCAUAAUGCUCUUGACUCUGGUGAGAGGCGAUAUUCUAGUUUACGACUUCCACCAUCUUCUGAUGGCAAUGACUAUCAGCCAGCUACUGUGCACGGCUACCAACUUGCAUCGUAUAUUAAAGCCCAGAUUGCUAAAGAGAGAUUGUCUGGUUACUCGUAUGGCCAAAUGGAGGCACUAACCCCAAAAUCCCCAACUAUGGGCAUAUCAAGUUACAUAGAUCCACCAGGUUUCACUCGGGCACGGAAAUUACAAUAUGGAUUAAACAGUAUGAAGCCACCUGGAUUUUCAAAACCUGUUGUAUCCAGAAAUAGUCCAUUGCAAUCUGAACGGCCAUUUACUGAUCUUAUCUCUGCUUUGCCUGCUGAGAAUCUGAACACCGCAGUUAAUGAAAAGAAAUAUUGUAGCCUGCCGGACAUAUCUGGGCUUGCUCUUCCUUACAAGAAUACAUAUUCGUCUGAUAGGCUUACGGAUAGUCAUAGUGGAUAUGGACCAUCUCUAUACACAAGUCAUUCAAUGAAGGCAGGAGCUCCUUUGUCAUUUGAUCAUCUCUCUCCUUCAAAACCAUAUAGAGACCCAUUUACCUUACCGUUGCCUUCAAGCUCAGAAACCGGAUACCUGUGGUCGAGACAGCCCGGUGAACAGUUUGGUGCGGCUGAUAAAACACAGAAUACUGGGGGUGGGGAAGUUGGGCUUAAGCAAAGCUCACUUCCUCCAGAAACUAUGUCUGCUGUGGAUUUGGAAGCAAAGCUAGUUCAGUCUUUCAGACACUGUAUUGUGAAGCUGUUGAAAUUGGAAGGGUCUGAUUGGUUGUUUAGACAGAAUGAUGGGGCUGAUGAGGAUCUUAUAGAUCGCGUGGCUGCUAGGGAGAGAUUCCUUUGUGAAGCUGAAACUAGGGAGAUUAACCGGGAGGUUCUCUUGAGCGAAACUGUGUCUUCCUUUGAGAGGAAGUCGGGUUCUGUAUUAAAAAAUGAUGAGACCGAUUUCACCAAAUUUCUGGUUUCCUCUGUUUCUCAUUGUGGGGAAGGUUGUGUUUGGAGAGCGGAUUUGAUUAUAAGCUUUGGCGUGUGGUGCAUUCGCCGGGUGCUUGAGCUCUCACUACUGGAAAGUAGGCCAGAGCUGUGGGGGAAAUACACAUAUGUAUUAAAUCGUCUUCAGGGAAUCGUCGAUCUUGCAUUUUCCAAGCCUCGCAUGCCAAUGACCCCCUGCUUUUGCCUUCAAAUCCCGGUGGGACGCCAACAGAGAUCAAGCACACCUAUUUCAAAUGGAAGCUUGCCCCCGUUUGCAAGGCAAGGAAGUGGGAAAUGCACGACUGGAGCAGCACUUUUGGACAUAAUCAAGGAUGUUGAACUAUCAUUGUCAUUCCGAAAGGGUCGGACAGGAACUGCGGCCGGUGACGUGGCUUUCCCGAAAGGAAAAGAGAAUUUGGCUUCCGUUCUGAAACGGUACAAGCGUAGGUUGUCUAACAAACCAGUUGGGAAUCACGAAGGUUGGUCUGGGUCGCGUAAGGGUCCCAUGUCAGUCUCUUAUGGUUUGUAGCACUUGCCCUAACGUCCCUUGCAACUGGGUGGUAGAAUUUUUUUUUUUUGGGUGGGGGGGGGGGGGGGGGGGGGUUGUGUGGCUUGGUUGGAAGCGGCUAACUGUCCAUUCUAUUGUUCUCGCUCUCUCCCGCUCGCUCAUGUGAAAUUAGCUCCGUGUACAUUAUGUAUACAUAGGAUAAGAUCACUGGAUACGUAAUUGGAGCAGAAUGGAAGGAAACAGGAAGAAAAGAACGGUGGCAAGUGCUAAUAGCAAUUGCAACUGCGGUCGUUGUCUCCUAAUACCGCCGGUCAAUGAAAGAGAGUAAGAAGGGAAGUGAUUUUCGCCCUCCAAUAUGAGUGUCUCGCGACCGUUUUUUGUAUUUUGCACUUCUAACAGAACCAUUGUUUAGAUGCUAGAUGUUGGAGGGCUAAAAUCAUUUUGCAUAAUGGCUGCUGUAUAAUAUGAGACUUGUGAGCUUGUAUACACCAGUUAUGUCUUGUUUUUC